AUGAACGUACCUCUUCAAAUCACCAUGGCCGCCGAUCAUCCGCCAGAUCCAUCAACAUCUAGCCGGAGAUCAACCACAGCAUCGCCCAAGGCUAAACUCCCAGCACCGUUUUUGUCAAAGACUUACGAUUUAUUGGAGGAAGAAGAGGAGAGAGAAGAGAAUUGCAGCGGUGGAGGGCGGAUUGUGUCAUGGAACACGGAGGGGAAUGGUUUUGUGGUGUGGUCUCCGGCGGAGUUCUCCGAGCAUAUGUUGCCACGUUACUUCAAACACAAUAACUUCUCAAGCUUCAUUCGUCAGCUCAAUACCUAUGGAUUUAAGAAAACAGCUUCAAAGAGGUGGGAAUUUCAACAUGAGAAGUUUCAAAAGGGUUGCAGACACCUUCUUAUGGAGAUGAGCAGAAAGAAAUGUGAGCCCAGUGUGUUUCCCACAUACCUGAAGCCUUCAUCAGGAGAAACCGAUCAUCAUCAUAAUCAAACACCAUCAUCAUCAUCCAUUGAAGAAGAGAGCAUGGUUUUACUCAUGGAAGAAAACAAGAACCUCAAAAAGGAGAAAAUGGAAUUGGAAAUGCAAAUACAACACUUUAAAUCCAUGGAAACGAAGCUCUUGGAUUGUGUUUCUCAUUACAUAGGUAAUAAUAACCAAUUCCAACACAAUGAUAAUAAAUUGUUACGUUGA